AUGUGUCAGUGUUUGCUUCUGACUGUUGACCUUUCAUGGAUCUGCUGGAACAUUCUUUGCAGAAGUUGUGCGCUUGCAGAUCCAACGCCAAUACUAGAGCAGGCGAUCGUUUGGAAAGCGCAAGCAGAGAAGACCAAUAUAGCUGUUGAAGAAGCGAAUCAUUUCCGAGCGCAGAUUGCUCUUGUUCAAACAGAGUUAGCCGAUUUGAAAAAUCAGGAUGUCACAAUUCGUCAACUUCGCGACACUAUAGCUAAACUUGAAGAAGACAAAGCUAGAGAAGUUGAGCAAGCUAUCUCAGAAGUGGAAAAAGAACUCAGAGACGAGUUUUCCAUACGUGAUCACGAAACUACAAUGCGUUCCGAUAAGUUGAAAGCUGAGAAUGCUGCACUUGAGAAGAAGGUGAGCUUUUUUAUUCGGUUAUUUUUCUCAAUAUGAUG